AUGUCCCUUGGUCACCCACCCAAGCCCAGAACAGCUUGGAGUAAUACUAGCUCUGUGGCUGUGUGCCUUGGUCACUCACCCAAGCCCAGAACAGCUUGGAGUAAUACUAGCUCUGUGGCUGUGUUCCUUGGUCACUCACCCAAGCCCAGAACAGCUUGGAGUAAUACUAGCUCUGUGGCUGUGUUCCUUGGUCACUCACCCAAGCCCAGAACAGCUUGGAGUAAUACUAGCUCUGUGGCUGUGUUCCUUGGUCACUCACCCAAGCCCAGAACAGGUUGGAGUAAUACCAGCUCUGUGGCUAUGUACCCUGGUCACGCACCCAAGCCCAGAACAGUUUGGAGUAAUGCCAGCUCUGUGGCUGUGUACCUUGGUCACCCACCCAAGCCCAGAACAGGUUGGAGUAAUACCAGCUCUGUGGCUGUGUAUCUUGGUCACUCACCCAAGCCCAGAACAGUCUGGAGUAAUACCAGCUCUGUGGCUGUGUAUCUUGGUCACUCACCCAAGCCCAGAACAGUUAGGAGUAAUACCAGCUCUGUGGCUGUGUACCUUGGUCCCUCACCCAAGCCCAGAACAGUUUGGAGUACUAUUAGCUCUGUGGCUAUGAACCUUGGUCACUCACCCAAGCCGAACACCGAACAGUUUGGAGUAAUACCAGCUCUGUGGCUCUGUCCCUUGGUCACCCACCCAAGCCCAGAACAGCUUGGAGUAAUACUAGCUCUGUGGCUGUGUACCUUGGUCGCUCACCCAAGCCCAGAACAGUUUGGAGUAGUAUCAGCUCUGUGGCUAUGUACCUUGGUCACUCACCCAAGCCGAACAGUUUGGAGUAAUACCAGCUCUGUGGCUCUGUCCCUUGGUCACCCACCCAAGCCCAGAACAGGUUGGAGUAAUACCAGCUCUGUGGCUGUGUAUCUUGGUCACUCACCCAAGCCCAGAACAGUUUGGAGCAAUAUCAGCUCUGUGGCUGUGUACCUUGGUCACUCGCCCAAGCCCAGAACAGUUUGGAGUAAUACUAGCUCCGUGGCUGUGUACCUUGGUCACUCACCCAAGCCCAGCACAGUUUGGAGUAAUACUAGCUCUGUGGCUGCGUACCUUGGUCACUCACCCAAGCCCAGAACAGGUUGGAGUAAUACCAGCUCUGUGGCUAUGUCCCUUGGUCACCCACCCAAGCCCAGAACAGUUUGGGGUAAUACUAGCUCUGUGGCUGUGUACCUUGGUCACUCGCCCAAGCCCAGAACAGUUUGGAGUAAUACCGGCUCUGUGGCUCUGUACCUUGGUCACUCACCCAAGCCCAGAACAGUUUGGAGUAAUAUCAGCUCUGUGGUUAUCUACUGUUACUUAGAGUGCGAGGUCGGGAUCUUACUGAUGGACGCCUGGUGGGUAACAACCCUGUCUAACUGGGCUGAACUACAGCUACCAGGGGGAACCACUGAACACAGCAUAGCUGUACUGUCCAGGGGGACUGGUGUGAAAGUGGCCAAAUUCUCACCAGAAUCAUCAGGUCCAGUUAAGGAAAGCUGA